GAUUGAUUGACUGACUGAUUGAUUGAUUGAUUUUCAGGUUUACGGAAAGCAAUCAGCAGUCAACCGUGUUUAAGCAACACACAAAUUUGGUCAAUGAUAGAGCCUAUUGCAAAACACCAACUGCCUUGUCUGCAUCGAGCAAUAGCAGAUAUAAAUGCUGAAGUUUUUGGUAUGGAUGAUCAUGGGGAACAUUGUCAAUGCAAUGGCAGCUUUCAGAAGACAAUCAUCACUAUAAUACCUGGUCUAGCAGAUCACAAUGGGGAAUGUAUUAGAUGGAGUCCUGAUUGUUAUUAUCUGUUCGAUUAUUUCUACGUUAUGUAUGAACAAAGGGAACAUAAAUCACCGUGUCGCACACACCAUCAUGUUUGGAGACAUUUGAAUGGUAUACCGGAUUUUAGACUGAACCUACAACACUAUCUGAUACAACAUCUAAAUCAAACAUAUUCAGCGGGGCGUCAGGAUACAUGUGCUUGCAAAGACAAUCGUCUAACAACAAAAGUUUCAUCAACACCUGCAUCUACUACUUUGAUGACAUCAACAACGCUAAAGACAUCCACUGUAAAGACAUCACCUUCCACAGAUCUUAUAUUCACGACUACUUUACCCAGAAGUUCUUCAGAUACAGCUACUCCUUUAGUUACCACAAAAGCUUUUCCAGCAUGCAUGAAGUAUGAGGUUAUUUCUGAUGUCGCAAGCUCAAAAUACGAAUCCAAUUCAGAUGCCCGACAAUGUCCUUCAGGCAACAAAACUUCACACGAGGCUCUUGUAAUAGCUAACUGUAAUACUGGACCAACAAAUACUUGGACGAAGGGCGCAAAUGUGAUGUCUGUAUGUUCAUCGCUUCCCUCCUACACACCAGUUGCUUCAAUAUCCAGUGGAAAUACAGGACUAAAUUGGGACAGAUCAGGAAUAUUCAUAAGUUGUUUAGGCAACGGAUUUAAGAUAGCUUAUCAAGACUGCGAUACGACGCCGACUUUAGCUCACAUUAUUAGUGGGAAUGGAACCGGAGUACGCGAUCCAUACAAUUAUUUUGUCAUUUUGAAUUAGACCAAACAUUCAUGUUAUGUCGGAUUAAAAACAUCGCUUACAGGCU